CUGGCUUACCGGGAGUGUCGCUCGCGCUGAAGAACGUAGAUCGGCUGGUGGAGGCACAAUAUGCUCAGGGUGGGAUCGACGGACUGAUCGUGGCGAUAGUCACUCGGGACGGAGCGAUCUAUGAGCGUGCGAUCGGCCCUCUCAAAGCGAAUGAGACGGAUGUGGCAAAACGGGGACACAUUGACAGAAAUAGCAUCUUCCGCUUGGCGUCUGGCUCCAAGCUUUUCGCAGUGUUAGAGACAUGGGUGUUACGAGAAAGGGGUGCUCUCAACCUGGACGACCCGGUACACAAG